GCUCCCUGGCUUCAGGACCCAGCUCCUAUGAAGUGGCCUCCCCCGCCUCCCAGGAGCUCUACGUGUUUGAUGGGAACGGGACUCACCAGUUCACCAUGUCUCUGGUCACUGGAGACUAUAAAUACAACUUCAGCUACAGCAAUGAGGAGGAUGUGACGGCAGUGACGGACAGCAGUGGGAACACCCUGCGUAUCCGCAGAGACACCAACAGGCUGCCUGUACGCGUGGUCACCCCUGACAACCAGGUCAUCUGGCUGACCAUCGGGACUAACGGGGGUCUGAAGACUCUCACGGCUCAGGGUCAGGAACUGGUCUUGUUUAGUUACCAUGGAAACAGUGGCUUGCUGGCUACCAAGAGUAUCCAGAUAGGCUGGACCACCUUCUAUGACUAUGACAGCGAGGGCCGUCUGACUAAUGUGACAUUCCCCACCGGCGUGGUGACCAAUCUCCACGGCGACAUGUCGUCAGGGGCUGUUGCUGUGGACAUUGAGACGUCAGGGAGGGAUGAGGACGUUUCCAUCACAACCAAUCUGUCGUCAAUAGACUCCUUCUACACUCUGGUGCAGGGUAAGCUGCU